AUGCAUGUAGAUUAUUCUGUCUAUCUCGUGACUGACAACACUCCCGCCAUUCUCGGCGACCAGGACCUUGUCCAAGUCGUUCGUGCCGCCGUAGAAGGAGGUCCGAGAAUAUCAGUCAUCAACACCUCGCAAUUACUCGAUCUGACAUUUUUCCAGNGCGUCACGAUUGUCCAACUACGUGACAAGACUAGCGACACUGCCGAGCAGAUUCGCAUUGCUAAAGCUCUCCAUGCUGUGACCAAGCCCGCAAAUGUUCCCCUUCUCAUCAAUGAUAGGGUCGACGUAGCUCUGGCUGCUGGUGUCGAAGGAGUCCAUAUUGGUCAGGAUGACAUCGCUCGAUUGAAGCUUGCGAACCUGUGUUGCGCUCUCGAUCUGACUCGUAAAUCUGACUGUACAUGUCAGNACCUCGCAUCUGCUCGCAGACUACUUGGAAAGGACGCCAUCAUCGGUGUAACCGCAAACUCCCUGGAAGAAGCUGAGAUUGCUGCCAAAGGAGGAGCUGACUACCUCGGCGUGGGAACUGUGUUCGCUACUCCCACAAAGGAAAACACAAAGUCUAUCAUUGGCACUUCUGGAGUGCAGCACAUUCUGGCCUCUCUAUCUCAAUCCGCACCUGAAAUCAAAACCGUCUGUAUCGGUGGCAUCAAUGCGAAAAACUGCCAACGUGUGCUCUAUCAGACUGCAGCCGCAGAGAAGAGUCUCGAUGGUGUUGCCGUCGUCAGUGCCAUCAUGGCUGCUAGAGACCCGAAGAAGGCAGCUUCCGAUCUCCGCCAACUUGUGGCAACUCCCCCUCCCUUCGCUACUUCUAUCUCUGCUCCAGCGCUCUCUCAUGAGGACAUUGUGCGCAGGAUCCCAGAGCUUGUCAAGCGUCUAGCCAGCAAGAAGCCGCUCUGCCACAACAUGACCAACCUAGUCGUGCAGAACUUUGCUGCAAAUGUCGCCUUGGCCGUCGGCGCAAGUCCCAUCAUGUCAAACAACAGCAUGGAGGCCAGCGAUCUCGCAUCUUUCGGCGGUAGUCUUGUCAUCAACAUGGGCACCACCACUCCAGAGAUGCGGGCUCACCAUUUGAACACCAUCGCCGCAUACAACAGCGUUGGUGGGCCUAUUCUGCUUGACCCCGUCGGCGCAGGAGCCACUCAACAGCGCCGUGAAGGUGUUGCAGCACUCAUGCGUGGCGGUUACUUCGACGUCAUCAAGGGCAACGAAGGCGAAAUUCGUACUGUGUCUGGAGCCACAGGCUUCAAGCAGCAUGGCGUGGACAGUGGUGCUUCAACCUUGAACCUGGAUGAUCGUGUCAAACUCGUCCAGUCUGUCGCUGCCAAAGAGCGUAACGUAAUCUUGAUGACUGGUGAGGUGGAUGUCAUUUCUGACGGCAAGCGCACUUUCAAGAUCAGCAAUGGACACCCAUACUUGGGUGAGAUUACUGGAAGUGGGUGCACGUUGGGCACGACAAUUGCGAGCUUGCUAGCUAUCGAAAGAGAGGACAAGCUGCUCGCUGCUGUUACUGGCAUCCUGAUGUACGAGAUAGCCGCAGAGAGGGCUGCGAAGAAAGAUUCCGUCAAAGGACCUGGCACUUUUGUCCCGGCUUUCAUCGACGAGCUGUAUGCGAUCCGUCAGGAGAGCGCAGCAGGAAAUGGAGAGUGGGCAAAGGCGGCAAAAAUUAAAAGUGCUGAUAGCUAG